GGAGGAAGUGUCGGUCCAGCCAAUCGCAGCAGCGCUUGUUUGCCGAUUAGGCACUAUCAACAUGGCAGCUUUCUGAGUUUUGGAGGAGGGUACCUGGUGUAAAUAAACUAAUUGCACGUCUUAGAGAUAACGACAGCGUUCGUGUGUUUGUGCCUAGGACUGGUUGGGCAAUAGAGGGAAAAUGUCGACUGACGCAAAUAAAAAACAGUUCUGGAAAAGAAACGCAGCGAAGGUUCCUGGCAGCAUUCAACAUGUGUAUGGUGCGCAACACCCACCUUUCGACCCGCUCCUUCAUGCUAACCUGAUUAAAGCUGGCAACAAGCCCCCUCCGGCCACGCCAGGCAAACCCAAGAAGGCUACCACGUUCCAGGAGUUUGAGAGCAUCACAAGCGACGCCUGGGAUGUCGGGGAUGAUGAUGACGAGUUGCUGGCCAUGGCUGCACAGAACCUUAAUAUUGAGGUUGUCAUGGAGACAGCCAAUAAGGUCAUCGAGAAUCACAGCAAACAGCAAGAAAGACAGAGGCAGGAUGACGAGACAGAGCUAGAACAAAGAGAAGAGGACCCACAGGAGGAUGUGGCAGAGGACGAGGAGGAGGACGAAGAAGAGGAGGAGGACAGCCGGGUGGGGGAAGGAGACGUGACCAGCCCAGAGGUCUCGUUUGCCUCCCAGAGCAGCCCUUACACUGAUGGCCGCCUUGUAAAGUCCCAAAGCGAAGCUCCAAUUGGGUCACCUAAAGAUGCAGCAGGUGAGCAUGCAUCACUCCACAGACAGCGGUCUCUGCCCCACCGGCCACCCACCAUCCCACUGGUGGCUCGCAUAGCUGACCAGAACACAUCCGGCACCCCGAUCAUGACCGAGAGGGAAGCGUCCCGUCUGGAUAAGUUCAAACAGUUGCUGGCGGGGCCAAACACAGAUCUGGAGGAGCUACGGAAACUCAGCUGGUCUGGAAUCCCACGACAAGUCCGACCGAUAACGUGGAAGCUCCUUUCGGGUUACCUACCAGCCAACGCAGAAAGAAGAGAGAGCGUCCUACAGAGAAAGAGACAAGAAUAUUUCGGCUUCAUCCAGCAAUACUACGACUCUCGCAAUGACGAACACCAUCAGGACACGUACAGACAGAUCCAAAUAGACAUUCCUAGGAUGAGUCCUGAGUCUUUGGUGCUGCAGCCAAAGGUGACAGAGAUUCACAUUGACAUACCGAGAACUAAUCCCCUUAUUCCUCUCUUUCAACAAGCUUCUGUCCAAGAGAUUUUUGAGCGGAUACUUUUCAUCUGGGCCAUCCGCCAUCCAGCCAGUGGCUACGUGCAAGGCAUCAACGACCUGGUCACACCGUUCUUCGUCGUCUACGUGUUUGAGUACAUCGAGGAGGAAGUGGAAAACUUUGACGUGUCCAGUCUCCAGGAAGAGGCUCUGAGGAACAUCGAGGCUGACAGCUUCUGGUGCAUGAGCAAACUGCUGGACGGCAUCCAGGACAACUAUACAUUUGCCCAGCCAGGCAUCCAGAGGAAAGUCAAGGCCUUGGAGGAACUGGUCAGCAGGAUUGAUGAGUCCGUGCACCGCCACAUGCAGCAGUACGAGGUGGAGUACCUGCAGUUCGCCUUCCGUUGGAUGAACAACCUCCUGAUGAGGGAGCUGCCACUGCGCUGCACAAUCAGACUGUGGGACACAUACCAGGCUGAACCAGAGGGCUUCUCCCAUUUCCACCUCUACGUGUGCGCAGCCUUCCUGGUGAGGUGGAGGAAAGAAAUUCUAGAGGAGAGGGACUUUCAGGGUCAGAUGAUCCUCCUGCAGAACCUUCCCACAAUGCACUGGGGCAACGAGGAAGUGAGCGUGCUGCUGGCCGAAGCCUACAGGUUGAAGUUCGCCUUUGCCGACGCGCCCAACCACUACAAGAGAUGAUAGGCGUGACUCUCUGCAGCUCCUCCUCUUCCUCCUCCUCAUUCUGAACUUCGAGGCCUCUGUUCCUGCGGGGACAGACCUCCCUCUUUCUUAACCUCUUUUCCCUUAUUCAGCCUUUCAGCUACUAAGAGAUUUGAAUCAACCAAUGACUGGCACGACGUGUGGCGUAGCAUUUUAACGCGUUGAUGUGGAGCCCUUUUUUUAAAUGAUUUUUCUCUGAUCAGCUCUGAACAAACUGAGGACUUUUUGUCGGAGUUUGGCGAUGCAGGACGCUGAGGUGAUGCUCAGCAGCCGGGGGUCCAGUCUCGCUCAGAAAACAAAUAUUUUCUGCAAAAAAAACAAAUCCCAUACCAAGGCAAUACAUAGUUUUGCUACCCGAGGCCAAAAUGUGACUCUUUUUUUUUCAGUUUGCAGGGACAGAGAAAGAUGGCAAAAGGACGCCGUGCUACAUGGUUUAUUUAUCUGAGCCUGCUGUCCUGGUCAACCUGAAGGAACACGACCUCUCCUGUUUUUCUUAUUUUCUUCUCCCGCCGGCGUGACGGGAUGUUCACCUUCAUGACAAAACAAACACUAGGACAGAGAUCUGUGAGGGGAAACAUGCCUCCUUCCUUCUAAAAUAACAAACACAACUCAUUCCCACUUUAUCUCGUCCUCCCACCCCUCUGCAGCAUCACACUGUCGACAUAACAGAAGCCAUUUAGAGAGAGAAAGCUACUUAUUCCUUAUCUAUUAUCUACCCCCCCCCCCCCCCCCUCUCUGAACCCAGCUCUACCUCACACAUAUUCCACCUAUGUGCCUGCUAAAUUGAGAACACACAUCAUUAUGGGGUUAAAAAUAACGAUUUGCAGUUCAAUUUGAAAGGAAAUCAUCCUCAAAAAAAGGCCUUUUCGCAGCGUUGGUCUUGAAGUAAAGCCUUAAUUAGGAGACAUAUUUCUUUGUUUACACCUCAGUCCUCUCCUUCUGCCUUUGCAAAGAAACUUAAUGUGCACCAGUUACUGAAAAACUCAAAAUAAAGCAGACACUUUGAUUACAAACACUCCAAAAAGUACAACUUUAAUUCAAGUUAUUGAGCACCAGUAUCGAGUUAUUCCUAUACAUAUGUCAUCCACACUUGUCACUUUAUUUUAUUUCCGAUAAAGAUAUGCGAGCGGCAGGUGCACGGACUGUUUUUAAGGAAGUCUUGCAUAUUUGAGAAAGCGAUUACACAUGUUUGAUCUAUAUUGGUUCUCCUAAUUGAAGAGGCCCCUAUGAUGGUUUUUCAAAAACAAUAACGGCACCUCUUUUUCCCCAACUGGUCUUAAUAAUAGUGAUUUAAACACAAAUAGAAUUGAGCAAAAAUAAUGGCUUUAAAAUGUCAACCAGACAAACGGGACAGGCUUAACAGAUAAGAAUGAAUAAACUCACCUUAAUGUGAAAUAAUGAAAGCAAAUUGCUCAAAAUAAAGCGAGCUGCACAUAAAAGCAGCAGAGGCGUUAAAAUUAUACCUUAUUAAUUAUUGUGUCUUAUCACAACAACACCCUCUGCUUUCCCCUGAGCAUCAUGGGAUGUCUUACCCAAAGCCAGCAGCACCAUAUUGGUGUUAAUGUAGGGGGUGGGGGGGGAAAUCAGACAUUCAUGACAUAACGCUGAGCUGUUAACGUCUGAAGCCUCCCGUCAUGACACCGCCAGGACCCAUUAUUGUGUCACACACACACACACACACACACACACACACACACACACACACACACACACACACACAACCUGCCUGACUGUGCGCGUGGGUGUGUGAAGCGGAGAUGGAAGGAGAGCGGGACGGGGUGGUGUUUCUUUUGGAAGUUUCAGCGCUUUUUCCUUUUUUUUUACCGUGAGAGCUGUCAGUCUUUGAUCACACUUUUUUUUUUACACACCUCAUCUCCCAUGCUCUCUGACAAAGGAAAACUCUUCUCUGCCUCUCUCUCUGUUUAUGAGAUUUAUUCUUUCAACCAGCGUUUUAAAGAUUUUCCAUUUUUUAUUUUUUUAUGCUGUUUACAUGACGAGCCUAUUAAGUUGUGCCUGACUCCGGAGAGUUUCUGACCUUACAUGACACAUUUUAGAUUUCUGGAAGCAAUAGUAUGACACUUGCUGUGAAAGGACGGAACAUGUCUUUUUUCAACAUGAACUGUUUAAUAAAACGUUGGGCAUUUGAAUAGGUCACCAUCUCCUUCCCCUGGACAGCGAUUGUUACUAAAGUACCUGUCAAGCUUUGGAUUUCACCUCCUGCUGUAGUAAGUUAAUUUUUUUUUAGCCUUUCCGAUACCAAAAACACAAGAAGUCAUGUCUAAAAAAAACUACAGUACAGUAGUAACCUAGAGUUACUUUCACUAGCUAACUACAUUAGUUUGUGCGAUUACAGGUUAUGUAUAUUUAUGCCUGAGGCAGCAAAUAAUGUAUGAGGUUGACGUGUGUGUGCGUCAUGGAGAAAAGAGAACACCCCUUCCCCUUCAAAUCAUAGUUUUGCUAUUUUUGCUGUAAUACAUAUGCAGUAAUUCCCCUUUAAACAGAAGCAGUUGACUACUUGAGAUGCUUUAACAAACACAUUCACAAGCUUCAAAUCAAACAUCUCAAUGGUGAUGAAGGCCUAUUGGUUCUGGCUGGAGCCCGUUAUCUGUUAUCCAACACACUUUGGAGCGUCUUCAUGAGGGUGUCCUGAAGUAACAGCUUUUGUUCCUCUUUUCGCGCUCACAUGAAAAUACUAUGUUUAUGAAACUGAAAGAAAAAAAAUGUCCUCCAUCCAUGUCUUUUGCCUCUUGAGUACUCGGAAGAAUCUAAUAAUACUAGAGCGUGUGGGUGACAGGAGUCCUGGUUCUGGAAUUUAAAAAUGUGUACAGAGAUGAUUUUGAAUCUGUAAAUAGAAAGUGUAAAUAAAUCCUAUAUAUGACAAAACUG